UUGCUCGUCCCACCAUAAACACGUUCAACGGAAACGAAACUAAUUACUCCUGUUCCACCUCUACCUAGUUAGCGUUACUCUUAGUUUCUUGUGAUAAAGGUAUCAUGAGUGAUAAUUCGUGCGCAGAUGUUUUGGUUCCUUUACGAAAUCUGAGUAAUGCGAUCAAAUGUAUUCGAGAACGAAUGAAAGAUGGAGAAUCAAAUGAAUCAAAUGGGGACUUUAACUUGACAAACUUUUGGGAGACACUGACUCAGGCAGCGAAAGCCACCUCACAAGAAGCAACCAAACUUAGUGUAGCCUUCUCCAAACCCCCACUACCUUCAAAGCUUGACUCUGCAAGGCUAGCUGAGUCCAUUCAGAAAAGAUUACUGGCACUAUCCACCAUUUAUUAUUGGUUUCCAAAGAGUCAAGGUAUUACCUUACGUAAACCAAUCAGAGAAGCAACAGUUCAAGUUUUGGAUGGGGUGGUUCAGCUGCUGGAUAUACUACUGGUCUCUCCUUUACAGAGUAUAUCACAGGAACAGCUGAUGUCUACAGGUGGUGUCUGGGCUUCAUGUGACCAGUUUGAUCACCUACCAAAAGAUAAUCGUGCUGCAGUGCUGGACAUGGUGGCUUCAUAUAUUGCAAUGGUAAAAGAUGCUCGAGAGGAGAUGGAACAGGCACUAUCUGAGAGCCAGGACCCUUUCAGUGAUGUCUUGGAUAAUGAUGAGAUUGAUGCCCGUGGCAACCAGGACACAUAUUGGUCCCAGACUGACCGGCAGCUCAUCUCCAAAUGUAUGGGCCUCAUUAAGGCAGCUGGAGCAUGCCUGCGAAAAUUUUCCAAUGCUGUUCAUAAGAAUGGGAAAGUAGAUACUCCUGAAAACAUUGCUCAAUUGGAUGAUCUUGCUGAUUCUUCAAGAGAAAUUAGCCCAAGUGUUGAUGACUUGGUCCUGAGUCUUUAUCCACCUGUAGACUACACUGCUGUGGACCAGAUUGCAGGUAAAUUGGCAUUCACAUUAAAGAAAUCACUUCAGAUCAUCAGGUCAUGUCAUUUUUGUUUAGAAGCAGAUAUGUCAUGGGUGCGGUUUUUAGAAGGAGCUGUGGAUCAUAACCUGCAAGAAGUUAAAUUGCUGUCUCAUGGCUCCAGCUAAUAGCAAAAGGAGAAAGAGACCUAUAUUGUGUGUGUGUGUGUGUGUGUGUGUAUGUAAUUUGGCAAUGUCUAGAUGUAUAAAAUGUAUAACUGAAUGCAGUGUUUCCUAAUUGUGCACACAUUUUACUAAACAGAGUAUCACAUUUUUGCAAAUCCAAAUUAAAUCUCUUGGUGAUGGUUUUUGGAAGUCUCGUGUUAAAACAGCUAUGAUGUGUAUGUUUGAGCAAAAAUGUAAACUUUUUUAAUCAGCCCAUCAGACUGGUACAUUAGAUUAGCCUGCAUGUGCACAUUUAUGUGUUCUUGAUAUCUUAACCAUUUAUGGUCCUGUUAUCAACCCUGAUGCAUGAAUCAAGCCCAGCCCAAUGUUCUGUAAUCACAGAACAAUUUGUAUAACUGCUUGGCCACUAACACACCAUUCUACUCAGCUGGGUAUAAAAUCUGCAGGAGUGUCAGAAACGUAAGGACCACAGAAUAAGAUGGUUUGAAUUUCUGGUACCACUUUACAAUAAGACUAAACUUUAUAAAGGUUUCAUAAUUUUAUUACUGUUUAUUAAUACAAUAGUUAGCAGUUAUAUUUAAAUAAAGAAACAAAAGGGAUCAGUGGCCUGUUGACAUUUAGUUCAUGAAUUUAAUAAGUUUGCUUGUGGCUUUUUGUAUGCUAUUUCCUGCCCUCCCUCCCACAGUCUCUCAUAUAAUGAUCUGGAGCAGCCUUAUUCUCACAAUUUAAACACAAAAUGGCUUGUAGGCAAAAUGGAAGAUUCUAUCAGAAGAAUAGUUUGGCAAAAAAUUAAUUGUAUUUACACAAUUUUUCUUUUACCCCAAGUAAUGUUUGUUGAUUUUGCUUAUUUAGUGUCAUACUAGACACUUUGAGGUUGACCAGCUUACAUGUCAAAUAUAAAGACUUUUGAGUAUAUACAUGGUCAACUACUCUGAGAUAAUUGGCUCUCAACAUUACGGUUUCCCAGCAUAGCGUACACUGCUAACCCAGAUACAAUUGUAAUUUUAGGUUUAUGUAAUAAAUGCACCUAUUUGAAAUGA